CGCGCAGUCCCGCCAGACAGCCGCCGCGGAGCGCCGCGUUUUGCGUCACGGUCGCGCUGCACUUCAAACGCCGGGAUCCGACUUCAAAACAGGGGUGUCCGAGUGCCACACCAGCUGAAGUGCCGCACUAAGUGCCACACGCGGAAUGUCUUCUAGAGUGAGGAACCUGAGCGCCUCAAAGUAGCUUUCGCAUUUGCGUCGCGUGCGGCCGGAUAUCGGACUUGAAAGUGUGAGUGUUGCAGAUUUUGCGUGGAAACAAAGCUGACGAAAAAAAGCUGCAGUCGGUAACAGGGUUCAUUCUUGUGUCGGUUUUGAGGAUCAAAUCCGACUCCAUACUAAGUGCCAUACUCAGUGCCACGCUAAGUGUUACCACUUCGCGCCGAGACCAACCUUUUACCUAUCAAACCGGUUUUUUGCUUGAAUUCCACUCGCGUUAUGGUUCGAUCUUAGACAAGUGCCACCACUUCGCGCCGAAACCAACCUUUUACCUAUCAAACCGGUUUUUUGUUUGAAUUCCACUCGCGUUAUUGUUCGAUCUUACACAAGUGCCACAAACUUCCGUGACAAAAGCUUUCCAAUCAGAAAAAAGAUACUUCUAAUUCCGUAAACCGGCUCUCCCCUAGAGUAGAGUCCAGGCUAAAUAUCCUCAGUGUCGAUACGGACGGUUUACCGGGAAAACCUUAAGAUUUGUUACCUCCUCGUUUGCCGGUAACCUACUUAAAUCGUGGUUAGCAGAAAAGGUUCAGGUUCGAUGUCUCUUCGUAAUAACCAGUUUUCUACUAGAGUCAGGGACAAAUUUCGGUGUGAGUGCCCCCCCCCCCCCCCACUUUUGCGCCGAAAUGGAUGUUUACGCAAAAGGAACAUUAACGAUCGACGUUUUCUCAUACAUCGGGUUUCUGCUUUAGUUGUACUUAAAUUUUGGAUUUUGAGCUCCCUACACAUAUUGUAAAAAAGACCGCUCUACUUAAGAGGAAAGAAUCUCAAGGUUUAACACGAUGCCUCCUUUUGACCGGUUUUUAACUUGAGUCGUCUAGUCUGACCUCGUCAAACUCAGUGCCUUACACAUCGCAUCCAUGAAAAUACUCAAGAGGUGAAAGAUUUAUGGAGACGAGUAUCUAUUCCAAGUAGUGUAAAAAUUCGCAGGUUUCAAGUUUGUUAAGGAUGGAGUAAUCAAAAUUACUUUCAAAUCCGUCUGUAAUAAUAUCUAAAUUAACCGUCUUUGAUCAAAUGGAAGCAAAGGAAAAAACCCCCUAUCAUUUCAUGAAAAUGAUUAAAAUUUCUAAAAUAUGUUCGUGUAAUAAAUCGACGCUGGAUCAAGAGGAAACGUAAUUUUUUUUAAAAAACUCGUUUAGACUUACGAGCGUAGACAUUUCAGUGUUCAUGUCUUGAAGGCGGUUGUCAUUGUAUUAAUGACACAGCGUUACUUAUUCCUUUCUGGCGGACUUAAAAGACUGAUCCGCCGACACCAUGCGAAAUAGCAAAGGUGCAGGCCUUGAGAAGAAUUGCACACGUUCCAAUGAAGAUUUAAAUUGGUUCUUGGAGCAAAACCAACCACUGAAUCCUAUCGAUAAACGCUCUUGCAAAUGGAAGAUGAAGAAAGUCUGCCUGAGCUCGGCCGGAAAUUGCGCUUGUUCAAAAAGCGACGACAUAAAUAUGAACGUAGUUCCUCGUCAAAGCACGGAGAGCAGCACGAGCACUGAACUUCACAAUCAUUCCUCACACUCCUCGGAGACGUCCUACCAGCAAGAGUCGCUGCAUCCUUACAAUCGUUUCUAUAGCGAGGUGCAGUCGGUGGCGAAGGUGACGUCAGUGCUGAUAGAGCGCGAGGAGGACACGCACACUUUGGGGAUUACGCUACGCGGCGGGGCCCACCCCACCCGCCCCCUCCUCUCCCGCUCCCUCACCAUCACGAAAAUAGCCCCCGGCGGACCCGUUGACAAGGAAGGGACGAUCCACGUGGGCGAUCGACUGCUAGCGGUGAAUGGACACUCCUUGGAGAACGUGUGCCUUAGUGAGGCGCAGGAGAUCUUGCAGAGCUGCCAGGACGAUAAAAACUGCCGACUUACCAUCGAGUACGAUGUCUCAGUGAUGAGCGCCCUUCGGCUCAUGGGCACGCCCCUCCUCGUCGAGAUCGAAUGUCCCCAGUUGUACCAACUUGGCCUCACCUUCACCAACACCGUCCGUAACAGCGCCAUCCUCAUCGAGGAUGUCAAAGUUGGCAGUAUUGCUGAGAGGUGCGGAGCACUUUUUCCCGGGGACACAAUUCUUUCAGUGAAUGAUUCCAAAGUGGAAGGCACUAAAAUGGCGGCUGUGAAUAUUCACCAUCUAUUCCAUCAGUAUUGUAAGAGCGAGGAUGUACUCAGGCUUGAGAUCCUGCCGGCACCUCCGCCCAAUCAGAAACUCUAUGACGAUUCCAUUUUUAUCCAAAACUCUGAGAGAAUGUGCAUAGAAAUUCAAUGUGAUGAAACUGGAGAUUUGGGGCUGACAGUUGUGACACUGGAUGAUCAGCUGAACCUUCCGGUUAUUUAUCAAAUUGACAGUUCGAGCCCAGCAGAUAGAAGCGAGAGACUGAAAUGUAGCGAUCGGAUACUCCUGAUCAACGGCGCUCAUCCGCCGUAUUCCAAAACCCCGAUGAAACUCUGUGAUUUUAGGCCUCAUGAAACCGUCCGGCUGGACGUAGAAUACGACGUUGAAAAGUGUACCGCGUCGACGUUCGGAACUUUUUCCGUCCAGAUCACCAAACGCUCCGAUUACGAUCUGGGACUAUCACUCGCAUCGAGUGAUCUGGGACCAGUGAUCGUCGAGGUUAGAGCGGGGUCCCCCGCCAAGAGGAGCGGCGCAAUUCUUGUCGGUGACGUCAUCGUAGCGGUUAACGACCACCUUCUCGACAGCACGCUGACGAUGGACGAGGUUUACAGGAUACUAGCCAUCCCUGCGCAGCAAGUAACCCUGUUGUUGCACCGUCAUUCUCAGCAGUACUGUUGUGAAGAAAACAUCGUUCGCACGGUUCACUUGAAAAGAAACGGUGGGCCCUUAGGAAUAACUAUAGCUGGAUCGGAAGAUCCAAAGGAUCCAAUCUUGAUAUCAUCUUUAGCCCCAGAUGGGGUUGCACAACAAACGAGGGCUCUGCACGUGGGCGAUCAGCUGGUAGCAAUCGACGGUCAAAGUCUGCACUGCAAACCUCUCUCUGCGGCGAUUACAUCCCUCCAGCAAGCAGGCGAUUCCAUCGUCCUUAAGGUGGUGCGUCAUCCAGUUUUUGAUCAAGAGCAAAUGGGUUCACGGGCCGACGAGAUCUACUCAUCGUAUCGAAGUUACGAUCAAAAGCCUAACUGCAAUAAUAAUCGCGAUUCGCCCAACUUCUUGAGUAGUCCAUCGGGGCUCAUCACCAAUGACGACUCCUUCGAAAGUUUCCUGCAAUUAUCCGAUCCUAGUUUAAAUGACGUUUCUACCUACAACCUACCGGAUAUCUACUCCUGGCCUCACAGUAGACAGCCUCCUGAUCUGACCACUUUCGCGAGCAACACGAACAGAGGUCACCGGAAAAAUAAACCAAACCAAGUUCCUAACGGGUUUAGGAUGCAAAACUACGCAUAUGACAUGUGCAAAGUGACUUUACUGAAAGACGCGGUGUAUGACGAUUUUGGGUUCAGCAUAUCUGACGGCCUUUACGAGAGAGGUGUCUUUAUCAACAGAAUGCGACCAGGCGGGCCUGCCGAGCGAAGCCAAGUCCUGCGACCGUAUGAUAGAAUAAUCCAAGUAAAUGAGACCCGAACUGAUGAUUUUGACUGCUGCAUGACGGUGCCUCUCAUUGCGGCCGCUGGCGACCGGAUAACUUUGUCCGUUGCGCGACGGAAACACACCGGCCACUUCCAUCAUUAUGAUUGCGAGGAGAAUAAGAUAUUGUUACCAUGGGUUGAGGAUGAACCGGAAGAAGAGAUAUCACUUCAAGGACCUUGGCAAAUCAAAACGGAAAAAAUUUAAGAGCUCACAAAUUUUAAUCUUGUAUAUAGUUUUGUAAUAGAUGUAAGGUUAUUGUUAAGUACGAAAAUGAAAAUAAAUUAUUUUGAAUUUUUUUAAAGCCA